AUGAUUGGUAUUAUUUCAGGACAUUGUUCACCAAAAUCCGAUAUUGAACGAUAUCAUAUAUCGAUAAUUGAUAUUGAUAUUGCUUCAGAAAAUUAUUCACUAGAAUCAAUUAUUAAACGAUAUGAUAUGUCAUUAUUCAGUGUUGCUUCACGAGGACAUUAUUCACCAGAUUCUAAUAUUACACGAUAUAAUAUAUCGAUGUCGAAAAAAAAAUAUAUAGCUCAUUGUAAUUAUUCGAUGCCAAUCGUUAUAAUUAUUUUCGUUGAGCAGGUAUUAGCUAUAUUGAACAAAAUAAUGGUUCAUAUUGUUUAG